AUGGAAGUACCCAUAAGUGGCCGACGGCUCGACAGGGACAGUAAAGCGCAGAUCACUUUCAUACCUCUUGAAAACGCAAUUUCGCUCCGAGAGACACGGAAGGCAUCACUCACGUCUGUCUUCACCGCUGUUGGCCAAUCUGGAGAACACCUCCAUUACUACAAGGAGCUACUGGGCCUCUUUUGCGCCAUCCUGUACCUGAAAGUUGAAGCUACCCGCGACAUGGGUAUUCUCCGCAUCUACGAGGCGCACGGAGACGAAGAGUGGUGGCCUACUCUCAAGGCCCAGUUUACGGGAAAGUGCACCAGGAAGUCGGUGGACAUCCACUACAUUUGUCUCCCAUAA